AACUCAUAGAAAGCAGCUCCGAUAAACUCACAACAAGCUUGUAUUCGGGUGACCUCUGACCCUUAUAUCGUGCUGUGUCACCUUCAGUGCAAACAACUCCCACUGACCGUGUCAGGCACAGCACACGAAGUCUCCUCGUCGCUCUGUGUUUCCGCGGAUGAUCAUAGCUUCUCUUGCUUGAACAGACUUUGGUCGUAGUCCUCGGUUGUUUUGUUACAUCCAAGAUGUCCCAAGUCGCGCUCCAUAAAGAGAAUGGCGAAGACAAAAUUGACAUGAUCCAAGCACCAACACUCUCUUUCACGGACACUAGUCGCCCUCGAUGGCUUGUUCCACUCGUCAUCCUUGCUUGCAUCGCGAUCAUCACUGGUCUCGCCCUUAUCAUAGUCAAUACUGUGCGAAAACCCGAGUGUGCUGGGCCGAAGGGAAGCAGCACAGGGGAAGACUCGAGAGAGGAGUGUAGAUUCUCUGAGGAGGCCAAGAGGGCUGGCUUGCAAGAGUUUCUCAAGAAAGCACAGUCCAAGUACUAUGAAAUGAACCCGGAUAAUGUGGCUUGGCAACCUGAAGUACCCGACCGUAGGAAGCAUCUAAAGGAAAGGUAUUUUCCAUAUAAUCCUGACCCUAAACAGCUAAAAAAGAAGACAGAUGCCGCCUUGGCAUUACUGAGUGAAGUGAACAAUAUGGGUAUUGAUGCGAACGGACUGAAACCGCGUGAGGCGAAGGCUUUGGCGCAGGUAAAGCACUUCCUGAAGCACACGUUCGGCGUUCCGUACGCAGAGAAUUACUACGCGGGUGACUGGCUUCUAGGUCCAGACCUCUUCUGUUGGCAGGCGAUAUGCACCGUGUCUUAUGACGUCAACGCCUUGGCCUCCCACGUGACCCCUAGAACCUACGAGGACGUAGACUACCUUGUGGACAUGAUUAUGAAGCACAAGACUGUAGUGGACCAAUAUAGGUCCAACGUUGUCCUUGGCGUGAAAUCCGGAAUGGUUCGUACAAAGAUAGACUGUGUUGCUGGUGUAGACGCCCUGAAAGAGCGCUACAGAGUGCUCUCGCUGGCAAACAACUCAAAAGGCGUGCUCGAUGACUGGUACACUGCUAACUUCAAGCGACCCGAGUAUUACUCCGAACUCGAAAAAGGCGUUAAUGAGAAAUGGACCAAGAACCACAAGGGAAUGAACGUCAGUGACUCUAUCCUAGACGCCCUCGUCAAAGGUCUAGGGCAACCUUUGCUGGACCUCAUUAACUACCUCGAGGGUGAUCACAUGCGCCACUGUCUGCCUAAUGACUUUAGGAGUGGUCUUGGUGGGUUGCCUGUGGAUUACGUGUACUAUGACGGUGUCCCAGAUAAGAAGCAGCCAACCAAUAAGAAGCUUCCGACUGGUGAACCGCUGAAUGGCACGCAGACGUAUCGCAUGAUCCUCUCGUACUUCACUACGACUGACAUCUCGCCGGAGGAGAUCUAUGAGGAAGGCAAAAGACAGCUCGACUCAUUCUACUCAGAGGUUUUAAACAUCACCAUCAUGUACACUGGAAAGUCAAACGAAAGAGAUUCCGUAAAGGAGUUCAAGGCGGUCUUAAACUCGGCAAAUAUGUGGCAUAACAACGGAUCCUUCCCUAAGAAUGAGUCGGACGAGAACGCAUACAAGAAGUGCGUGAGUCCGGCGUCCGCCGCCAAGUACUGUCCCGUCCGAUGGGCCGCCAUACAGAGAUGGGCCAAGUUUUGUCGCCAGGUGAUGGGAAUGUUGUACCCCAAGAUAACAGACUUGUUCUAUUUUACUGGAGCUAAGAUAACCGCGCCGAACUGCCCCGUGGAAAUGCUACCGCACUACAACCCCUCUAACGGAGCGCAGUUCUUCAAAGAGAGCAAGACAUGCGCCCAGCCUUCGUACUUCGGACUGCCUUUUUUCCUAAAGGAUUAUGGCCCCAUAUUCCAGGAGUGGUCGGUGACAGCGCAUGAGGCUCGACCCGGACAUCAUACACAGAUACAAAGUGUUAACGAGCAUUUUCAGGAUACUUGUGGUGGAGUUCCCGGAUGGCUGGACAGCGAAACUUACUACACAGCGUUCACGGAGGGGUGGGGACUAUACAGCGAGAAUCCGCUGAUCUCGGAUGACACGGAUACUUACAAGGACAAUAUGUUACAGAGAUAUGGCAUGCUCAAGUGGCAGGUGUGGCGGGCAGUUCGGCUUAUCGUCGAUACCGGUCUACAUUAUCGCGGAAUAUCAAGAUCGGAUGCCCUCAAGAUGUUUGAAGACUACGCCUGGGACAAAUCCGACUUUGCUGUGAAGGAAGUGACUCGGUACCAGUCUGAUCCUGGUCAAGCAACCGCGUACAUGCUCGGUAGACUGGAACUAAUAAAGAUGAGGAAGAAGGCGGAGAAAGCUCUCGGCUCAAAGUUUAACUUAAAGGAUUUUCAUUACCAAGUACUGAAGCAGGGCUCGGCUCCUUUGGCAUUCUUGAAAAGCCAUAUUGACCGGUACAUCAUGUGUGUCAAAGGCGAACUAGGCGAAAGCGCCUGUAGGUAUAUCCUUCCUGGUCAGAAAAACUCCCAACAAGAAAAGAAAAAGCAAGAAAACCUAGCACCUAGACCUCCUAAGAUUCACUAUGUGUAAUGCGAUUACGAUUUUUUCAUUAGCGCAGAAACGGAGACUUCAAUUUCAGUUUGUUACCUUUUCAAGUAUACAUAGACAUAUAGCCAUGUACAUCGCUUACGCACGUUUUAAGAGCCAUAAUAAGCCUUUUUAUUCGAAUUGUUGGAAGACAAACCAUGAAAUGAAAUCUCGAGAUAACCUACAAAAAUCAAAGUUCUGUCAUCUAACUCUAUUCAAUUAAAAACAUCGAUUCCCGAAA